AGUGGAGGCAAUCCUUUCUUUCAGCUGGAGUGCUCCUCAUGAGCCAGCCCCACCCUUAGGAAAUAUGGUUUCCAUGAGGAUCAUCUGCCUGGUCCUAAGUGUGGUGGGCACAGCAUGGACUACAGAUACUGGUGACGAUGACUUUCUAGCUGCAGGAGGAGGCGUGCGUGGCCCAAGGGUUGUGGAAAAACAACAAUCUGUCUGCAGAGAUUCAGACUGGCCCUUCUGCUCUGAUGAAGACUGGAACGACAAAUGCCCUUCUGGCUGCAGGAUGAAAGGGUUAAUUGAUGAAGUCAAUCAAGAUUUUACAAACAGAAUAAAUAAGCUUAGAAAUUCACUAUUUGAAUAUCAGAAGAACAAUAAGGAUUCUAAUUCAUUGACCAGAAAUAUAAUGGAAAUUUUGAGAGGCGAUUUUGCUGCAGCCAAUAACCGUGAUAAUACCUAUAACCGAGUGUCAGAAGAUCUGAGAAGCAGAAUUGAAGUCCUGAAGCGCAAAGUCAUAGAAAAAGUACAGCAGAUCCAACUUCUGCAGAAAAAUGUUAGGGAUCAGCUGAUUGAUAUGAAACGACUGGAGGUGGACAUUGACAUUAAGAUCCGAUCUUGCAGAGGAUCCUGCAGUAGGGCUUUAGCUCGUGAAAUAGAUCUGAAGGACUACGAAGAUCAGCAGAAGCAACUUCAACAGGUCACUGCCAAAGACUUACUUCCCUCUAGAGAUAGGCAACACUUACCACUGAUAAAAAUGAACACAGUUCCAGACUUGGUUCCCGGAAUUUACAAGAGCCAGCUUGAAAACGUGCCCCCAGAGUGGAGGGCAUUAACAGAAAUGCAGCAGAUGAGAAUGGAGUUAGAGAGACCUGGUGGAAAUGAGAUUGCAGGAGGACACUCCACCUCUUAUGGAACAGGAUCAGAGACGGAAAGCCCCAGAAACCCUAGCGGUGCUGGAAGCCGGAACCCGGGGAGCACUGGACCUGGAAGUACUGGAAACCGAAACCCUGGGAGCUCUGGAUCCGGUAGUACCGGAACCUGGACUCCUGGGAGCUCUGGAUCCGGUAGUACCGGAACCUGGACACAUGGGAGCUCUGGAUCCGGUAGUACCGGAACCUGGACACAUGGGAGCUCUGGAUCCGGUAGUACCGGAACCUGGACUCCAGGGAGCUCUGGAUCCGGUAGUACCGGAACCUGGACUCCUGGGAGCUCUGGAUCCGGAAGUACCGGAACCUGGACUCCUGGGAGCUCUGGAUUGGGAAGUACUGGCAAUGAAAACCCUGAGAGCUCUAGACCUGGUAGCACAGGAACCUGGAGUUCUGGCAGCUCUGGAAGUGUAAGUGCUGGGACUUGGUCCUCUGGGAGCUCUACAGCUGGUAGUACUGGACAUUGGAACUCUGGAUCUGGAAGUCUUAGGCCAGAUAGCUCAGGCUAUGGGAAUACCAGGCCUACCAACCCAGACUGGGGCACAUUUGAAGAGGUGCCAGGAAAUGUAAGUCCAGGGACAAAGAAAGAGUACCACACAGGUAAACUGGUCACUUCUAAGGGAGAAAAAGAGCUCAUGAUUGGUAAUAAGAAGGUCACCUCUGGUAGCACAACCACCACACGUCAGUCAUGCUCUAAAACUGUUACUAAGACUGUUAUUGGUCCUGAUGGUCGCAAAGAAGUUACCAAAGAAGUGGUGACCUCUGAAGAUGGUUCUGACUGUCCCGAGGCAAUGGAUUUAGGCACGUUGUCUGGCAUGGGUACUCUGGAUGAGUUCCGUCGUAGGCACCCUGAUGAAGCUUCCUUCUUUGACACUGCCUCAACUGGAAAAAGAUUAGAAAGUUUAUUCUCAUCUAGGUUCAGAGAGUAUGAUGGUGAGACUGAGUUUACUGACUCAGAAUCUGGCAUCUUUACAGAUACAGAUUCUCAUCACACUGGGGUACAUGAAUUCCCUUCCAGUGGUAAAACUUCAAGUCACAGCAAACAGUUUGUCAGUAGCACAACAUACAGCAAAGGAGGCUCCACAAUUCAAUCCAAGAGCCGUGCGAUGGCAGAUUAGGUCUGAAGUGAAGCUGAUUAUGAAGGAACACAUACCACCAAGAGAAGCCAUGCUAAAUCUUGCCCUACAAAAGGUAUCCACACUUCUCCUUUGGGGAAGCCUUACCCUGUCCCCCUAGACCAGGUAUCCCCAAACUUUUUACACAGGGGGCCAGUUCACUGUCCCUCAGACC